AUGUCUGCCAGCUCUGUUGAUCCUUCCAGCGUCGCUAGCGCCAUUCCCGAUGAGGACUGGGAAUGCCCUCAAAUUUCCCCGCCACCACCACCGCCUUCCCCGCCGCCUUUACCAGUCUGUAAGCAGACUCUGGUUGAGAAUACUGUCUACAAAGACAAUAUCUUGGCCCGCCCUCCCGAUUCUUCUAACUUUGAGCUAAUCGUUUUUAAAGAGGUAGAUAUCGAAGAAGAGGCCGAGUUUGAGCUUGGUGUCUUCGAGGAAAGAGCUCGUCAAAGACGAUUCGGGCAUCUUGUAGCCCACCUGCCAUACUCCAAAGUAGAUUGGGGUAUUUCUAUACAGAGCUUGAAGGCUGGAGGUUUCUGUCUUAUCCCUGAGGCUAGAUGCAACGGCGUUGGGACCAAGGGGAAAAAGGUUUUGGUGGAAAGGCUAAGAGAGCACCUUACAACUACUAUUCACUUGAAACAUGAAGAACAGGUUGCAAAUGCCGCUGAGGAAACAAUAGCUCCUCUCCGCGAGCCUAAAUUUGUUAUGGUUCGUACUAUGAACAUCGAGUUCGUGGAUCCUCCUGGUCUUGCUUCCUCGUCAGUGAGCGAUGAUAUGGAAGGGGAACUGACAACCCCUGUCGACUCUGAUCGACAAAUCCCCGAUUCUCAAGAGGACCCUUUCGACUCUUUUGAUUUCUUUAAUUCGUUUGUUAUCCCCGACUCAACUGCACAUUCAGACGAGGACCUUGGCUGA